AUGUAUAUCCAGAGAGCCAUCCCCCGGUUCGCUCAGUGUGCUAGACAUUCAUUGGCUAGACGAGGAUAUAAAACUGCAUGCUUUUCUGUCCACGGGAAUGAAGAGAGCUGGCAGGGUACCCUCGUUCAGAGAGUGACCAAGACUGUCAGGUCUUUACAGAAAGCAGGCCUCGAGAAAGAUGACGGCGCGGUUGUAGUACUUGCUUCCCGGCCAUAUGCGUCGUGGCUGCUAGAUGAAAAGUUUAUGGCCGCAUUGCUGCGACCCUUUGGGGAUUCGAAAUCAUCCGGCGAUGUGGGUCGCGAAUUCAACGCUCUUACCGGUGCAGUCGAUGGGCUUCACCCCCUUCGUGCAUUCGGUGACAUCCCACACGGAUUCUCAUUCUACUACGGGCCAAAGGAUAUGAUCAUGCCGAGGCUGUGGCAGGGGAAGAGCCCUAACAUGCAGUCUGCUCCUCGUAGCAACGACAAGCUGAACGCUGCCAUUACGUUUUCCUACGGGUCGAAGCCUGGCAGUUACGUAUGCACACUUCCCUUGGCGAACACGAUCUUUCAGAAUGGCCUUCAGUCGACUCUCAUCGCUAGCCGCUGGAAAGUCAACCUGAAGGGGGGUUUGGAUCUGGUCGAGCGCGAAGAGCGACGGGCUCAGGAAGUCAACAUCUACACCAGAGGGAGCGAUCACACCAACUCGAUUCAGGCACCCCUGGUCCCCAUCACGGCUCCGCGGAAGAUCGUAUCGGGCCUGGGCAACAUCAUCAGGCAGGUCGACGUAGAUGGUAAAGAGACGCCUGCUUCUGCGGAGCUCGAGACGGCUGUCCAAGCGCUCUUCGAUAGGCGGACGGCAGAGGGCCAUGAGUUCCCUCCGGGCCCCGUAGGUGUAUGGGGAGUUGUUUGUCCCCCUGGCGAUGACCAAGCGGGAACCAUUGAGUUCUUGAACCGUUUGUCCGAGACAGCGUCAAAGGUACGGAACGCUGGAGACGAGUGGUCCAUGGUCCUGAAUACGAAGGAAUAUAUGAAAUGGCUCAUCAAUAGGGGUGCCAGGGUCUACAAGAUUCAGAAUGAAGAGAGCGGCGGCGGCGGCUGGGGGAAGAAGGCAGGCCUCCUUUCGCUCGAUCCCGAAGUCAAGUAUUCCGCUUCCUCUGAGGAAGAGGAUCUUGACAGCUUCAUCCGUUCCUUUGAGAACCGGAACGACGGUGGCGGCGACGCCGAACAAGGCGUCAUCGCUCCGGGCUCGUACAUUCAAUACUUUGUCGCUCCGCCCUUCACCGCCGCCAAAGCGAAUACGGCAGCGGAAGGCGAAUCUCAGUUCACCGACUCCUUUGGAGUGACGGAUGACGCGCGGUUAGAGGCAUCGCCAGUUCCCGCUUCGCGAGACUGGAAACAAAUCCGGCACCAGUUUGGAGCGGUGACAACCCACGGGCUCUUCCUUGAGUGCAGGUCGCUGCAUCCUCUCGUCCGUGAGACGAAGCUGGACGUGCCCGGAGCGUGGAUCGGACAUUUAGGACUCCCUGACCAAAAACGUUCCAAGUUCAGAAGGCUUAGCCUGCACACGGAGAAAGGCUUGGGAGCCUCAAGCUAA